UGUAUCACGAGGACGUCAUUACGCUACCUGGCAGUGUGAGAACGAUGGUGGCAGUCUGGUCUAAACGGGGCCAUUACCACCUUGUUUGGGAUCAAAGGGCGUCUUCACCUGGUCAGCAGUUAACGACUUUGUUGCACUUGAAAGGCACGCGUUGGCGGCUCAUAACCACAACUAUUGGGUGAAAGGGGAGGGACAACGAAGACCCCUAAGUCAGACUACAAAACCUGCCAGUCUGUGUCUGCCUGGAUACCGAAGUGUUAGGGGGGCCUUGAUAAGCGUAAUUUGUUGUGAACGCCGUUUUAAAGAAGAUACAACUGAGAUAUGGCAUUUGGGUUGGAUUGUGCGAGAUUCGCCGGAGAAAUGAACGCGCUGUUCCCGGGACAAGGCUGGUCAACAACUUCGUUUAUGGAUACCAACAACAACAAUGAUUACACACAUGAAUCCGGCAUUGUACGCCAAGAUGCUCUUCGAGGGGUUCUGGCAGACUCCCGGCGUCGCAGGAAGCGCACGACAUUCAGUAAAGGGCAACUAAGUGAACUGGAGAGGGCCUUCUCCCUAACGCGGUACCCUGACGUCAAAAUGAAAGAGUCGCUCGCUGCACUCACGGGGCUCCCCGAGUCCAAGAUUCAGGUAUGGUUCCAGAACCGCCGUGCGCGUUAUUUCAAGAGCAAGAAGCCGGCAGAAGCAGCAAAACCAUCGACAGACUACUCAGCUCCACAGAUCUCUUACACACCAACCAUGUUCACCAACAUGCCCCUUUCCUACCCCUCUCCUACCAGCUACCCCUUACCACCUCCCCGUUACCCCCUACCACCCCGCCAACCUUCACUACCUCUUCGCUACCCUUCACCACCACCCCAGUACCCCGAACCAAGUCUACCCCAGUCCUCCAAGCUUUCUGCUGUCUGCAUGCCAGGAGCCCAGUCAGUGGACCUAUGCGGAUUUAGCUCUCUAGCCACCGAAGACGCAUGUGGUCUCCCCGUGGACUACAAUCAGCGGCCAGAUUCAGUGUAUUGUCAUUCAUCGACUACAUGCAGUACAUGGGACAUUCUAGAAGGUAUUAUAGCUUGUGAUACUUCAAAAGAUGCUCGGGAACAGUGCGGAAGCAGCUGUGGUCCAGCUGAGCAGAUUGUGCCAGAAUGCCCGGCAACACAGUACCAGUAUGCAACAAGAGGAGGAAGUCAACGGGGGGAAUCUCCCGAAGACCUUGACUUUUUUCAAGACGUCCAUGACAACCUAAACUUCUCAGACUUUGAAGUUGCCACGGACUUGAUUGAUUACCUUCUUGGUUAAAUGUUUUUUUCACAACAGAAAACUUAUAAUUUGCAGAGAAUCCUUUAUUAUCUUAUAUGUAAAAUGCCAGGGCCAAUGGUUCAAGAUUUAUUUAGUUAAUGUUAUU